CAAAAUGGCUGCGCCCAUGUGUGAACAUUUCGGUGCAAGCAGAAAUACAUGUUUAGAUGUAUUUGGAGUGAUUUAGGAAUAAUGAAUAUUCUCUUCCUUCAAAACAAGCCAGUUAACAAUAUUGCUAAAGUGUGCCUAAAAGGAAUUUAACUGACAUUUAAUGAUGGCUGAAAAAAUGAACGACACAUUCCAGUUCGCAAUCAUCGGUGGUGGGAUAGCCGGAGUCAGCUGUGCAGAAAUGCUGUCCUCCCUGUGUCCCGAGGUCGACAUUCUCCUGGUGACAGCCUCCCCACUCAUCAAGGCCAUCGCUAACUAUAAAAAGAUAUCUAAAACCUUAGAAGAAUUUGAUGUUGAAGAACGACCUUGGAUGUCGAUGCAACAAGACUGUCCCAAUGUAAAAGUCAUUCAGACAGAGGUCACAUCACUUGUCGCUGAAGCACAUACCAUGACAGUGCGAGAUGGACAGACAUAUAAUUACAAACAAAUUUGUAUUUGUUCUGGUGGCCUACCAAAGGUUAUUGCCAAAGACCACCAGUAUGUUUUGGGUAUCAGAGAUACACAGAGUGUCAAGGAGUUUCAGAAACAUCUGCACCACGCCCGCAGGAUAUUAGUGAUAGGGAAUGGAGGAAUCGCAACAGAACUUGUGUAUGAGGUUCAGGGUUGUGAGGUGAUUUGGGCCAUCAAGGAUAAAUCUAUAUCCAGUGCCUUUGUGGACGCUGGAGCAGCCCAGUUCUUCUUACCCAAACUUAACGCGGACAAGGAGGAGGGAAACAAACCCUCAAAGCGUCACGAAUAUACCACUGAAGAUGACAUCCUUCCAGAAGACCUAAAAGAGCAAACACUUGGGGGUGCCCUUGGUCCCGAUUGGUCAGAAAAUCUGAAAAUGACUGGUCAACAAGAGAUAUCACAUCAAGUUCAUGUGGAGUACAGGGUAGAGGUGAAGGUCAUUUACACUGCUGAGGAGUUUGUUGCCACGGAGAUGACUGAGUCUACCCUUCCGGGCUUUAUACAGGACAAGUGGCCAGUCUACGUGGAACUGACCAAUGGCCAACUGUAUGGCUGUGACUUUGUGGUCAGUGCAACAGGUGUGGUUCCUAACACGCAUCCCUUCACCAAAAAUAACCAGUUUUCCAUAUCAGCAGAUGGUGGAUUGUUGAUCAACGAAAAGAUGGAGACAUCAGUUGUUGACGUUUAUGCAGCUGGGGAUGUCUGUAGUGCAAAUUGGACGCACUCCCCACAUUGGAUGCAGAUGCGACUGUGGACCCAGGCUAGACAGAUGGGUGCGUACACGGCUCAAUGUAUGGUGGCCAAGGUCAGGAAUGAGGUUGUCUCCCUUGAUUUCUGCUUCGAGAUGUUUGCACAUGUGACAAAGUUCUUUGGCUUCAAGGUAAUUUUGUUGGGAAAAUUCAAUGCUCAAGGUUUAGAGGGUGACCAUGAACUCCUAUUAAGGAUGACCAAAGGUAAGGAAUACAUCAAGGUGGUACUUAGGAAUGGCACUAUGCAGGGAGCCGUUCUCAUAGGAGAGACAGAACUGGAGGAGACAUUUGAAAAUCUAAUUCUCAACCAGAUAGACUUGACACCCUUCAAGGACGAUCUCCUUGAUCCUAACAUUGACCUUGAGGAUUUUUUUGACUGACAGCUACUCUUAGAAACACUAGGACUGCUAACGGGAAAAAUAGACAACCCUGUAAGAUACAAGGGCUGCUAAUAGGAAAUAGACACCUCCAGAGUGUUGUAGGUUUCACCGUGUCAGCUGAGGUGAGGGGAGACAACUAGAAGUGUGGAAUCUAUUUAGCAGUGUUACUCAUUCCAUCAAUAAUCUCGUCACUGACAAUGUUUCCACAGCUGCGUCUCUGUAGCCUGAUCUUCAGCACUGCAGAAAACCAGGGCUGAUUUGUUCAAUGUCAGAUUAGGCAAUUAACCAGCCAUUGUUGCUAAUUCUAUUUUUGUGAAAUGUUUGAAAAUUUGCAGUCAUAUUUGUGUUUAUUGUUGAGUUUUUCAAAGUUUGGUUAGCUUAAUGACAACUUAACGAAAAAAUCUGUCUAAUGUAUGUCAUAAUUAUCUAUAUUCAAAACUUCAUUUGUGUCUUAAGUGAUUUAAAAUUACAAUCUGUAGAUAGGAAAUACAAAAUGAAUAAAUAAAUAAAUAUAUUUUCAAACAUUUUUGUAUAUAACAUAUUUUUCUUAAAUUUUAUUAAUGACCCGUUAAGCCAGUCAGGCUUUGAACAUCUUGACUCAGCUGAAGAACAUGUUUCGUGGUGAAUGAUGUAAUGUGAAAGUUUGAAUUCAAGCUCAGUCAUCAGUUUAUGAUGAUGAUGUUUUAACCUGCUAAUGAUAUGUUAUACAUCUAAUACCCACAUUCUGAACUUAAUAUUAAGAAGUUCGUGUUUUUAAAAUUUCUCUAUAGAAUUAUGAAGCUUUUAUUAAACCUGUAUUUUUACUGACUCUGCUGGACAUUAGACGGCUUGACUAGUCAACCUUCAGUUACGUUUCUAUUUAUUUACCUCUGUUACAUUGUUUUUGAAACAUAAUGUGAGCUAUGCAAAGUUAUUUAUUUUCAUUACUUUUUGUAUCAAUAAAUGAAAUAAUAUAUGUAG